AUGUCUGAAUCAAAGUCUCAAUUAUGUUGUUCUCGUUUUGCAUCGACCGUCAAACGUUUGUUGCCUUCAAUGGUCUCAUGGUGUCUUCUUCUAUCAUUAUCAACAAUUUAUUUUUUAUUUAUUUGUCCUUCCAUUACGAAAACAGUGUUGAUUCCUAUUGCACAUGGUAUAUUAUUUUAUUUUGUUUGUACUAAUUUUGUUUUGGCAACAUUUAUGGAUCCGGGAAAAUAUGAUCGAGCACUCGUAGAAGAAUAUGAAAACGAUCAAGAAUCAACAUAUUAUAAAACAGUCGAAAUUCGUGGCACAUCUGGGCGAAUGAAAUGGUGUCAAACAUGUCAGUUUUAUCGACCACCAAGAUGUUCACAUUGCUCCAUUUGUGAUUUUUGUAUAGACACAUUUGAUCAUCAUUGUCCCUGGCUGAAUAAUUGUGUCGGUCGUCGUAAUUAUCGUUAUUUUAUUCAAUUUUUGAUAUCUGUCUUAUUACACAUGUUUGUUGUAUUUGGUUUUUCAUUUUAUUAUUUAUCUUUGAAUCGUGAUCGUUUAACUGAAUUAAGAACAAUUAUGUCCAUUGUACUUAUGAUUUUUAUUGUUCUUUUAACAAUACCCAUUUGUGGACUCACUGGAUUUCAUUUUGUUCUAAUUGCAAAAGGAAAAACAACAAAUGAACAAGUAACUGGAAAAUUUAAGAAUAAUAUGAAUCCAUUUGAUGAUGGUUGUUUCAGCAAUUGUUUACAAACAUUUAUAGCCACAACAUAUCCAAAAUUACGUCGAGUAAUUAAAAAAAAAGUCAAACAAGUAUCUCAAAAGAAAAAAUCUCGAAAAUAUGAAGUAAGAUCAGAUCAAAAACCAACGGUACAUCAACAGAAUAGCGAUGUGGAAACAAGUAAAAAUAAAGCAACGUAUAAACAAAUAACAAUGACAUCUGUGUAA